ACAAGCGGAGGGAGGAAAAUGGCGGACGAAGAUAUUACGCUUGAUGGGAAACCUCUACACUCGCUCCGAGUGGCGGAUUUAAAAACCGCUCUGGAGCAAAGAAACCUCCCGAAGAGCGGGCAGAAAAACACACUCGUGAAGCGACUGAAAGGGGCACUGAUGCUGGAAAAUCUUCAGAAGUCGUCCUCCUCUCACAGUGGGCUGCAGCCCAACUCAAAUAUCGGGGAGGAGAUGAGCCAGAAUAGCUUCAUUAAACAGUACCUGGCCAAGCAGCAGGAGCUCCUUCGCCAGAGACUGGAGAGAGAGGCCCAACAAGAGGAGGAGGACGACGAAAGCCCAGCAGUGGUGGAGGAGGAUGAAGACCACUCUGAGGACAAUGACUGCUCUUCCUAUGGCUCUGACAAGAAGCAUCACACUGCACCCCCCUCAAUGACUAGAGCAGAGGAGAAAGGAGGAGCAGAUUCAGUGAUGGGUCAUGUGAUGAUGGCACGCGGCCCCGAAGUUGGCCCCGGUCCUAUCCUCCACCCCCAGGAGUCCAUUGAGGCUCCGGGAUCAAGGAUGCAGCGAGUCACCUUUCAUCAAGGACACAAGGAGCCCCCAGCUCCAUCUCCUCCCCGCGCUGUAGCCUCGCUGUCUGUGCGCGUCCUGGGCCAGCCUGACCGCCAGGGGCUGCCCCCUGCCGUACCCCGAUCCCAGGAGAAGGAGGGCACCGCACCGAGUGAACCCGGAUCGGCUCAUCCCGUGCUCCACCUGAGCCGAUCUGCCGGAGUCUCGGCGGGAGGUCAGGUCCACGAGGACAGUGAUGACGAUGACGACGGUGACGACGAGAGCGAGGAUGACGAGGAUUGGGGACCCGGUCCCGGUGGUGCACGAAAGGGCAAUCGAGUACCUCCUCAGCCGCAGCAGAUGCCUCCAAGCGCCCCAUCCACAGUUGCGAGAUCCAAACGCAAGCUUCAGCCUCCGCAGCACAUCCCACCUCCACAGAGCCCACCAGACACAGACGACCAUGAGGGAGAAGGCCCCGGGGCUUCAUGCGGUCCAAGGGUGCCGCCCUUCCCACCUUCCACCAUGCAGAGGCAAGACUCUGACUCAAGCUCUCGUUCCAGCAGCCCUGACCCUCCUAUAAAGCGCAGACCAGGGCCCCUUUCUCUGCUGGUACACAAGAUGGAGUCAGAGGGGGCUUUCUGUGGAGCAGAGGCCGCCUCUGCCGUGGAUAUGUCUGGAGAGGCUGCACACUCCACUGCUGGGGCCGCCAGUUCCAGUGAAUCUUCACUGCAAAGAUUGGAGAGAAAGAGGCUCCAAGAGAACAGGGAAGUGGAGGAAGAAAGGCGACUGAAUGAGGAGAAAGAGAAGGAACAACACCAGAAGCAAGAGAGAGAUAGGAAGAAGAUGAUCCAAGAGCGAGAGAAGAAGUGCUUGGAAGAAGAGAAGGAAAAGGAGAGGAAACGGCUGGAGGAGGAGGGGAAACAGCACCAGAAAGAGGAGAGAGAAAAAGAGAGAAAACACCAGCAAGAAGAAAAGGAGAAAAAGCGCAAGCAAGAAGAAAAAGAGAAAAAACGCCAGCAAGAGGAAAAAGAGAAAAAACGCAAGCAAGAGGAAAUUGAAAAAAAACAGCAGGAUGAGGAGAAGAAAAGAGAGGAGAAACUGCAAAAGGAGAAGGAGAAGAGACAGGAGACAGCCAACAAAGGAAGGGUGGUUGUGACUGAGGUCCAAGACUCGGGUUCCUCAUCAGAUUCUGACUCCAAAUCGGACUCCUCUUCACACUCGUCACAAUCCUCCUCUUCUUCCUCCGGUGAUAAAAUCAUCCCUGUCAAAAAGCUGAAGAAGACAGAGCAUGAUGCAGAGGACAAGAAAACCCUGAUCCUGAAAGGGGCUGAGAAACAAUGCCCUUCAAAAAGGGAGGUGUCGGAGCCCAGCGCAGCAGCGGUGACUGAGGCCGAGCCCGACUCCGAGAGCUCCGAUGCCCAGCAGCCGCCCUCCGGGGCCGAGCCGGAGAACAGCGAGGGUCGCCUGGAGGAGAGCACCACUCCAAAGGCCUUCGCCGUUCGCAAGAUAUCCUUGACCAGCAGCAAGACGUCUACGGUUUCCACAGACGGAGGAGCCGGUGAUGCCGACGCGGGAGCCGUGGCGGCGAGGAAGAGGCGGUGGGGCUCCAGCGCAGCGGUCACCAAGAAGCCCUCCAUCAGCAUCACCACUGACUCACUGAAGUCUUUGAUCCCAGACAUCAAAGUGAACCAGGAUGUCGUCAUGGAGCUGCACUCGGAGGAGCUGCAGAUGUCCGGGGACGAGGAGAACCUGGACAGCGGCCAGGACAAAGGCCUCAAGAUCAGACGCACCGUCACACAGGUCGUCCCGGGCGACAGCCAGGAGAACGGACAGAUGAACGAGGAGGAAGAGGAGGAGGUGGACAAACCGGAGAAGGAGAAACCACGCAGGACCUCCAGGGACAAAAGGAAGAACAGUGUUUCUGAGGAAGCCUCGGAAACACUGACGACUGUCACGCUGGAAGGAGAGGCAAAGAAAGUUACCCCGAGCGACAGUCUGGUGCGUCGCUCCAUAAGUCAACAGAAGUCCGGCGUGUCCGUCACCAUCGACGACCCCGUCCGUGCAGCCAAGCAGCCCUCGCCGCCUCGCGGCAAAGCCUCGAGCAUCGUCCACUUGACCAAUCUGGUGCGCCCCUUCACCCUGGGCCAGCUCAAAGAGCUGCUGAACAGGACCGGCAGCGUGGUGGAGGAGGGCUUCUGGAUCGACAAGAUCAAGUCUCACUGCUACGUCACCUACGCUACAACAGAGGAGGCGGCCGCCACCAGGGCCCUCCACGGGGUCAAAUGGCCUCAGAGCAACCCCAAAGUCCUCAGCGUCGACUUCUGUGAGCAGGACGAGCUCGACAUCCGGAGAGGCAUCCUGAAGCCAGAGAGGGAGGAGGAGCACGUUUCCCCGCCGAGCGUUCCUCAGCCCCGGCUGCCGCCUCUGAUGCCCGAGCGAGACCGGGACCGGGAGCACGACCGGGAAAGAGACCGAGGCGUGCCGGUGGUGCGGGACCUGUGGGCGGAGCGACAGCGGGAGAUGGAGCGCCGAGAACGCGCCCGCGGCGAGCGCGAAUGGGACCGGGAUAAGGUCCGCGAAUUCGCGAGCCCGGCGCAGGAGGAGCAGCGAUCUCGGUCCAGAGACCGAGAGCGGAGGAGGAGAGAGAGGGCCAAGAGCAAGGAGAGGAAGACGGAGAAGAAGGCGACAGAGAAAGGAGACGAGCCUCCUGUGAAACUGCUCGACGACUUGUUCCUGAAGACCAAAGCGGCUCCGUGUAUCUACUGGCUCCCCCUCUCCGAGGAGCAGGCGGUGCAGAGGCUUUUGGACCGCACGGAGCGGCAGAAGGAGCGCGAACAAAGGCGCAAGGAGCAGCAGGAGGAGGACGAGAAGAAGCAGGAGGAGGAGCGGAAAGAGCGGCUGAAGGCGCGGGAGAAGGAUGGCGGCGGCGGGGGGGGGGCGGCGGCGGCGAGCGCCGGGCCGGCCGUGCGAGUCGCCGACAGAGACCGAGAGAGGGAACGCGGCCGAGAGAGAGAGGGGGAUAAGAAGAGGGAAAACAUCCAGCGGCCCUCGGUGGGCGGCGGCGGUGGGCGUCGCUCUCGUAGCCGUAGCAACCCCAGAGAUAGACGUCGCUGAGGGCCGAGUGGCUGCAGGGGAAGCUGGAGACGGAGGAAGGAGAGAGGGGCGUGGCGGAGCUGGGGAGGCAGUGUUUCAUCUGGGCGUUUCAGGAGGGCGUCUGCUCCUCGCUACCCGCCCCACUGCUUUAAUUCGUCCACUCGACGCCAGCGUUGUCUUCCACGCGCCAUUUAAACCCCUCCCACCUCGUCCGUGGCAAUGUACACAGGAGAAUGGCGAGCACGCGUUCUGUUGAUAGUUACAACAGUUCUUCUAGCUCUGAUCCCCACUCUUGUGGUCUCUCUCUCUCUCUCUCUCCGUCUUCCAGAAGUCAGUCCCCUGUAGAGCGCGGCGGUCCUCCUCGUCUUCGCCGUUAGAGAAGAAGCCGAGAGGCGGGGCGGUUUUUCUGGCUCGCCUCGGCAGUUUGUCCCGCUGAGGUUUGGGAGCUCGCCUCCUUUAUUUUAGUUCUGCGGGUUCAGUUCCUUGCUCCUCGGAGCCCUGUAAUAAAAACCAGUCCAAAAUAGAUCCCUGACCUUCAAAUAUUUCCUUGGAUCAGUUUUAGUGUUCUACUCGUCAGCACUGAGAAUUAUUCGUUUUAAUUUUUUUAUUUUACGUUCGACUAGAUUUGACCUCGUCAAAGUGAGGAUUUUGUUUCAGUGAAGUUUUAUGAAAUCAUGUUAAUUUGUUUUCCAGCCGUGGCGGUUUUGUUGUGCGUUACAGCAGGUGAUGUUUGUGUGAGUAAUAACCUUCAUCUCUCUCUCCCACAAAGAUGCAACUGGUAGUCUCAACACUGUAACAUAGAAAAGUGUGUGAUGGAAAGAGACGUGAUGUGUGUAGUGGAGAUGCAGGACACACAUGCCCUAGUGUCUUUAGUGGAUGUGUUUUUGGAGGAUACCAGAUUCUUGUCAAGUGGUUUAUUCUGUAAUAAUUACAGGAAGCUGACCUUCUCUGCACUGCAGUCUGUUUGAAACUCCCUCCUCUGAUGAUCCUCAAUCAUAUUUAAGAGGUAGAAAUAAACCGUUAACCUUCUAAUAGAGUAACGGUUACACUUUUAAUAUUUUAUGCUUUUAGUUCGAAACCGUUAGAUGUUGCUUUUUUCCCUUCCUGCAAGAGCUGAAUGUACCGAGAAUUUAAAGAAAAUGAAUAAAUUUAAAUUGGUUCUCA